UUAGCUGUCCUGGUGGCGGCCACCGCGGCGAUGGGGCAGACACCAGAAGGAUUCACCCCGGCCUCAGAUACAAGCCUCAUCGUCGAUUAUCGAGGCGUUGUUCCUCUUAAUGGAACGGUAGUUAGCCGAAACGCGACCCUCACCCAGCCCCGAAUCGGCACCCUCAGCCAACUGACGGGCACAUCGUACGCGGUGAUGAUGAUCGAUCUCGACAUCCCCACCGCAAACCCUCCCGAGACGGACACACUCCUCCAUUGGAUGCAAACCGGCCUCACCCCAGCAACGACGGCCACGCAACUCAACACGACCGCGGGAACCAUCCGCGCGUUCCUCCUCGAGAACUCGACCAGCACGGCCCCGAUUGUGCCCUAUUUCGGGCCCAACCCGCCGGCGCGCAUCCCGCUCAGUCACCGGUACACGCAGAUCCUGGUCGACACGAGCGGCAUCACCGACGAAGGGAUGGAGACGCUGCGGGAGGCGGCGGCGACGAUCAGGGGUUUCAAUGCCGAGUCCGUACUGCGGCAGGCCGGCCUGGAAAGCAUGGUGGUGGCCGGCAACUCGUAUAAUGUCACCAAUCCCGGACCGGUCGGGGCGCAGACUGGAGGGAAUGGCGCCGCAUCAGGAACAGGAGCGGGGACGGGGAGU